UCGCCUGCGCGCCCUCUGCGGACCGCGGUACCAUGGCCUCCGCCCGCCUGCUCGCGCUGCUGCUGCUGCUGGUCGUGGGCACCCCCGCCGCCACCGCGGAAUCGAUCCGAGAGACCGAAGUCAUCGACCCCCAAGACCUCCUAGAAGGCCGAUACUUUUCUGGAGCCCUCCCAGAUGACGAGGAUGUAGGGGGCCCCGGGCAGGAACCCGAUGAUUUUGAGCUUUCUGGCUCUGGAGAUCUGGAUGACUCAGAGCACCGCCAGACCUUCCCCGAAGUAAUCCAGCCUCUGGUGCCUCUAGAUAAUCAUAUCCCUGAGAAGGCAGGGCCUGGGAGCUGGGUCCCCACCGAACCCAAGGAAUUGGAGGAGAACGAGGUCAUCCCCAAAAGGAUCUCCCCCUUUGAAGGGGAUGAGGAUGUAUCUAACAAGGUGUCCAUGUCCAGCACUGCGCAGGGCGGCAACAUCUUUGAGAGGACAGAGGUUCUGGCAGCUCUGAUCGUGGGUGGCGGCGUGGGCAUCCUCUUUGCCAUUUUCCUGGUCCUGCUGCUGGUAUACCGCAUGAAGAAGAAGGAUGAAGGCACCUAUGACCUGGGCAAGAAACCCAUCUACAAAAAAGCCCCCACCAACGAGUUCUAUGCCUGAAGCACCCGCCUGGGUACUGGCUUAGGCCUCCUCGGGGAGGGAAGCCGAAGGAUUUUGCAGGGUGGACGUUAGGGUCGGGGGAGGGCCACCUAAUACUGACCUGUCGGCAUCUCCAGCUCUAAUUAUGUUUCCAGUGUCAGAUGAGACCUCAUCUUCUGUUCCUGCCUGCCUCUUCUUGAUUCUCUGGGCCUCGAUUGUCCCGGCAGAAAAAUGGGGUUAACACUUGGCUUUGCUGAAGGCAGGUGUGGGAUUGGAUCAUUUCUUAAUCUCACACUUCACGUGUGCCCAGCUUACAGCCUCUCCUGAACCUGCCUCCCCAGGGCCCCUCUGAAGCUGGUACAGGAGUCCUGCUGGAGCUCUGCCCCCCAGCGGCCUUUUCCCUCCCUUCUGUGAAAAGGAGCUGGGAGAAGGAACUAGAACCUUUCUGUACCUUGAGAUGAUGUGUCUGUCAGAGGGCACUUGUGGCCACACUACAGGAGUCUGUGGUAUACCUUGAGCCAUUCUCGGCUCUUCCAAGUGACUUUGGGAAAUCAACCUUUUUUAUUGGGAGGAGGGGGGUGGGCAGAAGAAGUGAAAGUUCAUACUGAAAUGGACUUGCAGAGUAUUUGUAAAUCUGCUUUCAGCGGGGUAUUUUUUCUUAAUGGUUCAUUCCUUGGUGCAGAGCCUCUGCCUGGGCAAGAGUGUGCCGAUGCCGAGAUGUUCUCCUCUCUCUUGCACUUUCCACAGUACCUGCUAAGUUUGUAUUUAAUGGUUUUUUAUUUUUGUUUCUCAAAAAUGAGAGAAGAGACGGGAUAUGAUUUUUAUUAAUUUUUUUUUUUUUUUUUUUUUUUUUACUAUUUAUAGCUUCAGACAGGGCCCUCUUCCCUCUUUUUCUUUAAAUACCCUCCCCAUUUUUUUUUUUUUUUUAUACUUAACACACCCCUGCUCAUGACCUUGGCCCUUUCUGAAGCUGCUUCCUCUGAGAAGUAGCUUUUGCUGAACCAGGCUUCUAGCAGAUCCCAAAAUAUAAUGUAGGGGAUGGUGGGAUAUUUGUGUCUCUUUUCUUGUAAUAUAUUGUUAUUCUUUCUUGGUUCUAGAAAAAUAGAUAAAUAUAUUUUUUCAGGAAAUAGUGCGAUAUGUCCCAUUUGAAGUUGGCUGGAUGGUUGAGUGAGUGGAUUUUUGUGUUGCUGAGUGGGUUUUUGCCUCCUCCCCCCUUCCCCGUUCCUGGUGCCUUCUCCUGAUUGGGCUGGAAUAAUUGAGGGUAGAUAGUUAGUUCUACCUUCAUUCUAGCUUCUGCUUUGAUCCCAGCUGGUGUUCCUUUGUUUGUUUUCUCCAAAUUUACGAGAAAAUUGGACAGCUGUUCUAUCCAUUAUGGUGACCACUAGACACAUAUGGUUAUUCAAAUCAAUUAAAAUCACAUAAAGUUAUAAAUUCAUUCCUCAUUUACACUAACCAAGUGCUCAUUUGCCAUAAAUGGCUCGUGACUGCUAUACGGAACACGCAGAUGGAGACCAUGUCCACCUGUUGAGCCUCAAUGCUAGAGAACUAAACUGGCUUAACAGGUCCCAGCCCCAGCCUUGCUGGGGUGACCUUUGUCUCCCAGGGUGAAGGGGGGAUGAGGGAGGGCUGAUGGGGGCUCUGGCUCUGGAGCUUGUUAUCUGUGACCCUCCCUGUCCACAAAGUAGAGGCCUGGGGGCUUAGCCUGGGCAGUCUGCAUCUUCUCCUGACCCCACUGGCUGGGGUACAGGGGAGUCACCCUUGCCCUCUGCACCCUUCACCACUACAACCCAGGGUCCCAGCUGGCUGGGUCCUCUGCACCGCCCCAUCUCCCCCACCCAUGUCCUUUCCCUCUGGUUAUGUUGGGAGUGAGCACCUCUUCUUGUAGCCACUUCACACUGUUGUCUGUUACUUAAUUUUUUUUUUUUAAUAAGAAGAUAAUAAAACCUGGUACUUUCUA